GACCUCUUCGUGUACGUAUCCCUCUUCACCAGGUGAAAGCCACCUUAGCUCUUCGCUGCUAACCCCCCUCUCCUAUCAGCUCCUACACACACGUAAGACUCUAGCAUGUCGCACUUCUUCCACAAGCCGGAAAAUGCUCUGAAGCGCGCGCGUGAGUUGUUGGCCAUCCCCAACGUGGACGCCGGGGUGCUCAAGCGUACCAAGCACUCGGCGCUCGAGAUCCUGCACGAUGCGCUCAUCGCCAAAAAGAACCGCACGUGGCAGCCCACUCACGAGGAGCUCAUGAUCCUGUACCUGGACAUUUGUCUAGAGCUGCAGAUGGGCCGCGUAGCCAAGGACGGUCUUCACCAGUACCGCAACCUGUGCAUCCAGCACAACCCGGCGUCGCUCGAGACCAUCAUUAAACACUUCGUCACGCAGGCUGAGCGCAAGCUUGCGGCAGCCAAGAAGGAGAGCAACGAGCUCAAUCUUCUGGCCGCUGCCAAGGUGGAUCUGGACGCUGCGCAGACGCCUGAGGACGUGAUGCUGUCCACCACCACUUUUGAGGGAUCCAACGACCGCACUGACCGCGAAGUGGUUGUUCCAUGGCUUCGAUUUAUGUGGGAGACGUACCGCACGGUUCUGGACAUCCUCAAGAGCAACUCGAAGCUUGAGCCGCUGUACAAGACCACCGCUAUGCAAGCGUUCGACUUUUGCGUUGAAUACCAGCGCAAGAUUGAGUUCCGUCGCGUUUGUGAGAUCAUGCGCAACCACCUGAGCGCUUUGCAGAAGCACGUGGCGGCGCCCACGAGCCAAUCGACCCGCCAGAUGCGCAGCUGGGAAGGAUUCACUCUCGAUAGCGUCGAGCGUCUGCUGGAAGUGCGUUAUCGUCAGCUCCAGGUCGCUACCGACCUCGAGCUCUUCUCGGAGGCCUUCCGUACGAUCGAUGACAUCAACAACAUUAUGAACUUGGUGGAGCAGACCCCGCGCGUGGACCUUCUCGUCACGUACUACGAGAAGCUGGCGCAGAUUUUCCAGGUGUCCAAGAAUCACCUCUUCCAUGCCUACGCGCUGUACAAGUGGUACUCGCUGCGUGUGGCUGGUCUGCAGGGCCUCGCUGGCUCCCAGGCUCUACAAGAGCUGCCUGUGCUGGUUUCUGAGGGUGAACAGAAGGAAAUGGCCACACGCGUUGUGCUUGCUGCUCUAUCUAUUCCGCUACUGGACUUUGAAGCGUCUUCGUCUGUUCUUGGAGAUGACGAGACAUCGGCUGCCCAGACCGCCGAGAGCUCCCUCUCUGCUGCUGCUCGUGACAAGAAUGCGCGAAUGGCUGCUCUGUUGGGCUUUUCCACUACGCCUACGCGUGCUAACCUGCUCGAGGACAUCGAGGCCGCUGGCAUCCUCCCCAAGGCUUCCACUGCUGCCAGUGAGAUCUUCCAGCGUGUGGAGCUGCAGGAAGUGGACCCUCUGCAGAUUGUGAAGCAGUUAGAGCCUUUCCUGACCAAGAUUCGUGCUGAUCCGCUAGCCAAAGCCUACGUCGAUGGUGUUGAGCGCCUUGUGGUGCGUCGUGUGCUGUUCCAGCUCACCCGCGUGUACGCUAGUGUUACGAUCACCCACCUGCGCUCUAUCUUCGUCGGCCUCGAUAUUUCUUACGAGGAGAUUGAGACCCUUAUUGCUCGGUCGCGUAGUCUCAGCACCGUCGCGCAUACCAGUGCACCUAGUCUGUCCGGCAUGUACCGCCGUAAUGUUACGCAGCAUGGCAGCAACAACGCCGAGACGUCAUCAGCCGACGCUGUGGCGUCUGCUCAGACGCGAACUAAGAUCCGCAUCGACCAUGUGGAGCAGUGCAUUCGCUUCACUGACGCUGUGGAUCUGGAGGCCAAUGCUGCCCAGCUGACGCUUCUGGGUGAGCGUCUGUCCCGUGCUAUGAGCAAGCAGAAGAAGAAGCUCCUUGCGUCUACCCGUGCUCGUCUGCAGUCACAACGCUCCGAGAUGCUGGCUCGGCGUGAGAUUAUUGAGCGUAAGAAGGAAGAGCUGGAGAAACUGCAGCAGGAGAAGCUCCAGUCGCUCGAGAAGAAACGGCGGGAGUUUGCAAAGCGUCGCGCCGAGCUCGAACGCGAGCGUCUGACCCAGGAAGCUCGUCGCCGUGAGGCCGACAAGAAGCAGAAGAUUCAGGAUGAGAUCAAGCUUAAGGAGACCCGUCAGAUGUUGGACAAGCUGGGCCACACUAAUGUGAGCGACAUGGACCUCGCAACAAUCGACAAGGAGAAGGUACUGAACGAGGCUAAGGAGAAGGCUCGCAAGGCCAAGGAACUUGCCCAGCAGAAACUGCGCGAGAAUGCUCGUCGUCUCGACUACAUUGUACGUGCUACUCGCGAGGAGGAGCAGCCCAUUCUGCAGCGCCAGGCUGCCGAAGCCAAGGCGGAGGCUCUGAAGCGCUACGAAGAGGAGUCGGCUGCCAAGCUUAAGCGUGCUAAGGAGGAGCACGAACACGGCUUGAAGGAGAAGGCUCGCCUGGCCCCGGCUAUCGAGGCGAGCGCCGAGUUCGUUAAGGCUCACAAGGCUCGUCGUAUUGAGGAAUACAAGAAGGCUUCGGAGGAGCAGAAGAAGAAGGCCAUGCUGGAGCGUCUGAGUGCCCGCGUGGCUCACGCCAAGGAGCGCUACGAGGAGGAGCAGCGCUGUCUGCGUGAGGAGGAAGAGGAGAAGGAACGCAUCCGUCGCGAGGAAGAAGCCGAACGUGAACGCCAGCGCCUGAUUCAGGUGGAGGAGGAGCUUCGUCGCCAGGAGGAGGAAGAGGCUGAGGAACGUCGUAUUGCUGAAGAGAAGGAGCGUGAGGAGAGGAGCCAGCGUCAGCGCGAGGAGGAAGAGAAGCGUGUCGAACAGCGCAGCCAGGGUCGAUUCGGCAGCGCUGGUGCUCGUGGCCUGUCCGGCAGCUACCGCGAUUCGAACCGCAGCCGUGAUGACGACCACCGUGGCGACGACAGGAACGAUGGAGAGUGGACGCAAGUUAGCCGUGGUGGUCCUUCCAGCCGUGCUCAAACAGUGGCACCUGAAGGCCGCUGGGAGCGUCGUGGACCUACCGCUCGCGAGAGUUUCGGCGACCGCGACGGACGCGAGAGCGGUGGCCUUCGCCGCGACUUCGGUGGUGACCGUGACAGUGGUUCUCGUCGUGGAUUUGGUGGUGAUCGGGAUGAGCGUGAAAGCGGCGUGCGUCGUGCUUUUGGCGGUGAUCGCGAGGACCGUGAGGGCGGUCUGCGCCGUGGCUUCGGUGGCGACCGCGAGGAGAGUGGUUCUCGCUGGGGCAGCCGCGAGUCGUUCCGCCGUAGUGGUGACCGUGAUGGCGACCGUGAAUCUUUUCGUCGCGGCGGGGACCGUGAUGGCGACCGUGAAUCUUUCCGUCGUGGUGGUGACCGCGAUGGCGAGCGCGACUCGUUCCGUCGUGGAGCCGACCGUGAUGGAGAUGACCGUUUCUUUGGUCGCUCACAGCGUGAAGGUUCUUAUCGCGCGCCUCGCGCUGGUGAACGCGAUAAUUCGUCUUGCGCUGGUGACCGCGAUAGUUCGUCUCGCGCUCCCGAGUCUGGCCGCUGGAGAUAGACGUUCGAAGCUAAUUGUUUUGUAGCUAAACGAUCCGAGGUUAUCAGCAGGAGUUAAAAUGGCGUCUUAGCGCUCUUA